CCACACCCAUCCCCACUUCCCCCAUCUCUUCUCUCUCUCUCUCUCUUCGCUUUCUCUGCACUAACAACCAUUAAAUCUGUGAAGCUCACGAAUCGUCUAUCUGUAACGCCGGUGAAGGAGGAUAAAACUAGGUCAGAUGACGAAGGAAUACUGGCUGGAGGCGGCGUUGACGAACGAUACCCUGGUGGCGGAGUUUCUGUUACGAUUGAAACAAUCUUCCUCUUCAGAUUCAUUGCACGCUCCUCCACCACCGCCAUCAUCAAUUACAUCUCUUCUCCCACCUCCUGGAUGGGGCCAUCGUAAGAAUCGAUCCAAAUCCACGCCUUCAACCACCAUCGUCAUCGCCAAAGAUCAACGUGGAAGCCCUACCACUCAUCUGUCUUGGAGCGGCGCCUCCACCAGCGAUGGUUAUGAGGAAUCUAGUCGUCCAUCAGAUCUCUCAUCUGGAGGCAGAUCUAUCAAGGCUAACGAAGGGGCAUCCACAUCUGGCUACAAUAAAUCCCUCAAAAGAAAGUCCUUUGCUGAACUUAAGGAGGAAGAAGGUUCUUUAUUGAAGGAAAGGAUGCAUAUAAACAAGGAAUUGGCAUCGAUGCGUUCGAAUUUGCAUCAACAAAUGGCUACCAGUGAGAAUUUGAAGAGAAUCAAGAUUAAUUAUGAUGAAAAUCCAAGAAACGUGCAUGAACCAGCCCCGGUCUUGGCUAACCAAUCGGUUCAGAUACCAUGUAGAGUAGAAGCGGAAAGUAAGGCAUUGGAAAAAGGGUUUGUUUUGCCUGAUUUAAACAUGAUGCCGAAUGAAGAUGAUGUGACGAUGGUGAGCUAAGAGCGGAAAAAAUUUACGAAAGACUUCUUGUUUUUCCGGAUCUCGAAUUAAUUGGUAUAUUAUUAUUAUUAUUAUUAUUAUUAUUAUUAAUAUAUGUGGGCGUAAAAGGUGAUUGUAUAAAUACUUGGCGCAAGGUAAGGAUUGCAGCCUGGUGGAUUUUAGUAUAGGAUUACUAUAUGAAUUAGGUGAAGGAUGUAAAGAAUUUUGAAGAUUGAUCAAAUUUAUUGGAUUUCUUGAUUUUGGUGU